AGCGACGAGGUUUUGACGGUCAUCAAGGCCAAAGCGCAGUGGCCGGCCUGGCAACCGCUGAACGUGAGAGCUGCUCCCUCUGCUGAGUUUUCUGUGGACAGGCACCGGCACCUCAUGUCCUUCCUGACCAUGCUGGGGCCCAGCCCCGACUGGAACGUGGGGCUCUCGGCGGAAGAGCUGUGCACCAAGGACUGCGGCUGGGUGCAGAAGGUCGUGCAGGAUUUAAUCCCAUGGGAUGCCGGCACGGACAGCGGUGUCACCUAUGAGUCUCCCAACAAACCUACAGUUCCUCAAGAGAAGAUCAGACCACUUACAAGCCUCGAUCACCCCCAAAGUCCCUUUUAUGAUCCCGAAGGAGGUUCUAUCAAGCUGGUAGCCAGAGUGGUAAUCGAGAGAAUUGCCCGCAAGGGGGAGCAAUGCAAUAUCGUACCUGAUAACAUAGAUGAUAUCGUGGCAGAUCUAGCACCAGAAGAAAAAGAAGAAGAUGACACCCCAGAGACCUGCAUCUAUUCCAACUGGUCUCCCUGGUCAGCCUGCAGCUCCUCUACCUGUGAAAAGGGCAAGAGGAUGAGGCAGAGGAUGCUGAAGGCGCAGCUGGACCUCAGCGUACCCUGCCCAGAUACGCAGGAUUUCCAGCCCUGCAUGGGCCCCGGCUGCAGUGAUGAAGAUGGUUCCACUUGCAUGAUGUCUGACUGGAUUACCUGGUCCCCCUGUAGUGUGUCCUGUGGCAUGGGAACGCGCUCUAGAGAGAGAUAUGUAAAGCAAUUCCCCGAAGAUGGCUCUAUGUGCAAAGUGCCCACUGAAGAGACUGAGAAAUGUGUUGUAAAUGAGGAGUGUUCCCCCAGCAGCUGCCUCGUCACCGAGUGGGGCGAGUGGGACGAGUGCAGCGCCAGCUGCGGCCUGGGAACCAAGAGGCGCCACCGAAUGAUCAAGAUGAGCCCCGCUGACGGCUCCAUGUGCAAGGCCGAGACCACGGAGGCCGAGAAGUGCAUGAUGCCCGAAUGCCAUACUAUUCCCUGCCUUCUGUCUCCUUGGUCAGAGUGGAGUGACUGCAGCGUAACCUGUGGGAAGGGAAUGCGAACCCGGCAGAGAAUGCUGAAAUCUGCCGCGGAGCUCGGAGACUGCAACGAGGAGCUGGAGCAAGUGGAAAAAUGCAUGUUACCUGAAUGUCCCAUUGACUGUGAACUAACCGAGUGGUCCCAGUGGUCCGAGUGCAACACAUCAUGUGGAAAGGGCCACAUGAUCAGGACGAGAAUGAUCAAAAUAGAGCCGCAGUUUGGAGGAAUGGCCUGCCCAGAAACUGUCCAACGAACCAAGUGCCGAGUACGGAAAUGCCUGCGUGGCCCCGGCCUGGAGAAAAGGCGAUGGAAAGAGGCCCGGGAGAAAAGGAGAAGUGAGCAAGCGAGGAAGCAUGCCGACGGUGAGCAGUACCCAGUUUGCAGACUGAAACCAUGGACUGCUUGGACAGAGUGCUCUGCGCUGUGCGGAGGCGGCAUUCAGGAGCGCUACAUGAUGGUGAAGAAGAGGGCCAAGACCACUCAGUUCACUAGCUGCAAAGACAAGAAGGAGCUAAGGGCGUGUAACGUUCAUCCUUGUUAGCAGGACAGGAGGCUUCCGCGUGCUGCGCUCUGAGCUAAAUGGAAAGUCAACCUUGGUUUGUUUUUUUUAAAACAAACAAAAAUAUAUAAAGUGUAUAUUAGUUUUCAUUUUUGCAGUGUGGUUUGCUUUUUAGUCUUGCCAGUGCAAGAAAUGUAUUUUAUAAAUAUUUCCUCACAGAUAUAUGCUGAGAGUAAAUCUGAUACUCCAGCUGGCCCUUAAUGCAUAAAAAUAGUAACUCAUUGUGAAUCAUUUAACUGAAAUACAGACAUAUCUGUGGACAUGGAAUAGCCAUAUACAAAUAGUACUUGUAAAGACAUGGGAUGCAUGCAUAUUAACAUAACUAGGUUAAAGUGACAUGUUUUGUACGUGGAAGGAUUGCUCUCUUGAGUUGAUUUCAAAAAUCCAAAGCAGUGCCUAUGUGAUUACGUAACUAUGCCAAGGAAAAAUUCAGUAAUGCUGGUUCAGACAUUUUAAAGGUGCAUAUUUAUCUUUUCACAC